UCACCAUCGAUUGUGCCAAGGUGGCAGCACUCUGAUCAGGCCUUCCUAAUAAACUGCACUUCUCUGUUCGGCCAUCAUAGUUCUGACAGGUAAUCACACCUAGAUCUGCAAAGUCUGCGGGCAGAAAAGCUGCAGGUCUCGCGAGAUCGCCGGCUGCUGGGAGUUUGGAAGAAGGCUACCAUCAUGGCGGAUAGAGACAGUGGAAGCGAGCAGGGGGCGAUCAGCUCGAGCUUGCAGCAGCUGCAGCAGGAGACGCAGGAACUGGCCUCCAAGAGGGUGGACAUUCAGAACAAGCGCUUCUACCUGGACGUGAAGCAGAAUGUGAAAGGCCGUUUUCUGAAGAUAGCGGAGGUGGGAGCAGGAGGCAAUAAAAGUCGCCUAACUCUCUCCAUGUCUGUUGCUGUGGAGUUCCGUGACUACCUGGGCGAUUUCAUCGAACAUUACGCACAGCUCGGCCCCAGUAACCCGGACAUGCAGACGGACGAGCCGAGGCGAGCUCUGAAAAGUGAAUUCUUGGUGCGGGAAAACCGCAAAUAUUACAUGGAUUUAAAAGAGAACCAGCGAGGCCGGUUCCUACGGAUCCGCCAAACCGUGAACCGGGGACACGGCCUUGGCUCGCAGGGUCAGACUAUCGCCCUUCCCGCUCAGGGGCUGAUUGAAUUCCGUGAUGCACUCGCUAAACUCAUCGACGAUUAUGGCAUCGAAGAGGAACCCACUGAGUUACCCGAAGGGACAUCUCUCACUGUGGACAACAAACGAUUUUUCUUUGACGUUGGGUCAAACAAGUAUGGCGUUUUUAUGAGAGUAAGUGAGGUGAAACCUUCAUACCGCAAUUCUAUCACGAUACCGUACAAAGUGUGGGCCAAGUUUGGAAAUACUUUCAGUAAAUACGCAGAGGAGAUGAAGAAAAUACAGGAGAGACAGCGGGAGAAAAGAUCUGAACAGCAAGAAGAAGCUCCCGGAGAUGAUGGGGAGGAAGACUGAUAAAACUGUAAUAAAAAAACACUUCCUGUAAAACUGUAACUGUUUAACUACGAGGGAGCACCACCCACCAAACCUCCACAACUGACAGUUCGACUUGUCACCCAUCGCUGGAUGUUCGUCCACUUAUCAACCGUGUAAACCGUAAGCAGCUGCUAAGUAAUAACAUUAUGAACUGUGUUUCCUACUUGAUUAAAAAAACUGAGUGUUUAUUUCCCUAAUUAACCAAGACUUUUGUACACGUUCAAGCUAUUAAAAGUGUUUGCAAUCGUCAGAUAAUAUGCUGAAUUAUAAUGAAAUAAGUCCUUUUCAUGUGAGCUAACAUUUGACUUAGCACAAAAUGAGAGAUAUUUUAGAAGAACACGUAAAUAAUAUUUUUAGUUUUCUCAUUUUGUUACCAAAUUUCAAACAUUAUACGGAGGUUAUAGUAUAUUUGACACCCUAUAUACCUGUGAUUAGAGAUGUGUAUAUAUGAGGGCUAGGCAUGCUGUGUGUCUGAGCUUUGUUAAAUGUAAUGCAGAAGUCUGUAGAGUUAAAAGGUACAUAGGUUUAUUCAUGCAAGGUAAAACUAUUAAGAAGUGCUCUCUUUUAUACAAUAUGCAUUGCAUCUGGACCUUAAACAUAUAAAACUGGUCAGUGGAACUUCUGUGAACAUGAAGCAAAUUAUUAAAAAAGGCAUUUAAAUGAACUGCAAAGUUGUUUGAUUUUUACAGACAAAUGUUAACCUAUGAUUAACAAAGCAAGUAGCACAUUUUAAGUUAGGUUAUGAUAAUUUUGCUCUUAACUGUGAAUGUGAGUUACUGGUAUUUAAUGUAUUUAGAUUAGUUGUCAAAUUAUAUGCAUUCUAUCAGAUGGUACAUAAUUAACAAUUGAUAGGGAACUUUUAAUGUGAGUGCAUUCAUGUAGCAAGCUAUUGCCUGAAUUACUGUUACCUGUAAAGAGAGGAAAUUGCAUUUAUUUACUUUGUGGGGGAAGGGGUUGACUUAAUGUUAAGUGGGAAUCUCAGCAAAUGACAUGUCAAUGACAGCAUUUUAUUGGGGCCAACUCUUCCAGAUUACAUUUCCUGUUUGGUUAAUAUCAUAAUUUAGAACAUUCUAAAGGCACAGAUUAUUCUGCACUUUAUAAUAUCACAGUAUUAACGCUAUAUACAUAAUUUGAUUUGUCUUGUCGUACAACCUAUGAAAAUGUUUUGCGUCUUACUGGUUGUUAGUGACUGUUGCAUUCGUGUGGAUUAUCUGUUGCUGGCAAAUUGAAAGUAUUACAUACAUUCUAGGUCACUAAUCACUGUAAAGGUUUUUUUUGCUGGGUUUUUCCCAGUUUUCGUUCUGUAGUUCUUCAGUCAGUUGUGACCUUGUCAUUUGGGAUUAUGUAGAGAUAAAAUUCCUUGUUUUAUAGUUUAGACUAUUUGGCUUUUGUGUGGUUUGUUUAUAGAAUUUUACAACCAUUGUGGUAAAAUUUCAAGAACUAUGCUUUCCCAUUGUGUGUAAAGCAAGGGCUGCUUUGAUCUAAACAUGUGUAAACAAUAAUUCCUGGCUCAAGUCACUUAAAUCAGAGCCGCACUUUGCAUAAGAAAUGUUUUAAAUCCUUGUACAGUAAAAUGUAUACAAUGAGGUACUAAAUAUUACUGUUAAGCACAUUCAUACUUCAUUGUUUAGUGGAAGAGUUUAGCCAUUUUUAGUUGAUAUAUCUUGAUAGUUGUGAAUCUAAGUAUUUCUCAUCUAUCAUUUGAGGGUUUCCAAGAUUCAGCGCAAAUGACAAUGUAACAUUAAGGAAUUUUUAGUGUAACAUUUGAUGCUUUUUUGGUUUUUUUAUAUAAUGCUGUGUUUAACAGACAUUGCCAGUGCUUGCCCUGCCUUUUAUUACUUGCAAAAACAGUUAGGUGCUACUGUAAUCUGAAGGUUUAUAUUUCUGUAGCACAACAUUUCAGAGGUAUUCUAAUCAGUGUGAAACUGGGCAAUAAACAUCACUAACCCUAUCACAGUUCAAUUGUAAUUAUACAGAUCAAUAUAUUAGUAUUGAAUAUCAGAUAUAUUUACAAAGUUUCCUGUAAAAUUUGUUAAUAAUAAAUCCAAUGUAUAGAAUAGGCAAUUGCUUUGGAAUCCAAAUUUUGAUCAGCCUUCCAAAAUUUCUGAUGGCUUCCCAGUCCACUCCAAUCCAAUCCCCAUAUUUGGUAUUAACAAGUCAUGCAGAAUCUGAUUUACUAUUGCCAAGCUGGGAUAAAGUAAUCCAGCUUGCAGUGUAACAGAUUUUAUGCAGAUGGAGAAUUAAUUUGAAAAUAAAAUUACAGCAGGACAAGAUCGGUAAAUGCAAUCAUAUGUAGUUUACUUUUGACGAAGAAUGUAAAACAAAUUAAACAGAGCUAUAAACUAUAGGUUCAUAUGAAUCCAAUCAUAGAUGACUUAUUUCAUGGAAGUACAUUAUUUAAUGAUUUACAGACUAUAUAACAAUUAUUGUAGCAGCCCUUGUUUCAAGUAGUGACCUAUACCCUGCCCCACCUCCACUCAUAUAUUGUAUGUGAUUUUGAAUUUGUGUGCUUGCCAGUUUGCUUCAAGUGCCAGCGGCUUUGCAGUGCAGCAGUUUGAAGAUACAUUGGCUUUAAUCGGAAUAGUGAUACUGGCUUUAAUGAUGUUUACUGAAAGCCAUUCUGCCUUUUCUGAAGCCCACCAUAUUAUCAAUGAUAAAGAACCUAAAAUGUGGCUAUUUUCAUACAAGCAGUGACAAUUAAUAUGGCUCAAAAAUAAUCCACAAAACUAUUUUCUCGGAUUUAAAUCUGUGCAGGUUUUUAGAGUAGGAUUAUUUGUUUAAAAAUACAAUCCUCUAUUUUGCAGUUUAUUUGACUUGUAGCCAAGUGGUUGGAGUUGGCCUGAAUUGUGCAUUAAAGUUGAGUAGAAGCCUGCUGCAUUAAUAGCCAUCAUUUUGUAAGGUGCCACAGAUUUAAAAGGUGUUGUGACUAAAUUUAAUAGAUGAGUGACGUGCAAUAAGUCAUAUUUUUAAAUAUUUGUACUUUUAAUUUCUUUCAUUUUUCCCUGCAAGCCUGACUGUACAUGAGUUUAACUUUUUAAAUUUAAAUUGGUAAAUUCCAACCUUCACCAACUUCUUUGAAGCAAGGCACUUUUAUCAUCAAAGAAAAUUGCUCGUGCAUAAGGAAUGCAUUUUUGGCAAGGAAUCAAAUUUGGAAUUAAUUUACUGUUUACAGUAUGUGAGUAGGAAUCAAUUAAAAGGAAACCAAAAAUAGUAUGCUAGUAAGUUUCUUUGCUUUAAGUUUAAAGUCUCAGUUUGUAAAACUUGCUAAGUGUCAAAAUGUGAUACCAUUAUUAUCUUUCCAGUCUGUUUCAAAACUUUUACCUAAAAUAUUUGACUGAUUUACUGCCAUUUAAUAUCAAUUAAGCAUG